AUGGCCGCCGCUUUUGACGAGGAAGACCUCGCCAUUCCCCUCCCUUCCGAUCGUGAUCGUCGUGAGAAAAGGGCCUCUACCCCUCAGAACCCUUCCGCCAUGGCAAUGCCACCUCCGAAGCCGACCGGCAAACCCGAGGACCUGUUGCAGUCCCCCUCGACCACACGAGACAUGCAACGCCUCGAUCAAUACCAGACCGUGAGAGUAUUAGGCGAGGGAUCUUUUGGCAAGGUCAAGCUUGCCAUUCAUCAGCCAAGUGGGCGCCAGGUAGCCAUGAAGAUCAUCUCGCGACGCAAGCUGCUGUCCCGAGACAUGGUUGGUCGGGUUGAGCGAGAAAUCCAGUACUUGCAAUUGUUACGGCACCCCCAUAUCAUUAAACUGUAUACGGUGAUUGCGACCAAGUCCGAUAUUGUGAUGGUUCUGGAGUACGCGGAGCGAGAGUUGUUCGAUUAUCUUGUUAGAAAGGGCAGAUGUGGCGACGACGAGGCCCGCAAAUUUUUCCAGCAAAUUAUUUGCGCGGUGGAAUACUGCCAUCGACACAAGAUUGUACACCGUGAUCUGAAACCCGAGAACCUACUCAUCGACAACCAGAAGAACGUCAAGAUUGCGGAUUUCGGGUUGAGCAAUAUUAUGACGGAUGGCAAUUUCCUCAAGACCAGUUGUGGUAGUCCGAACUAUGCCGCACCCGAAGUUAUCUCUGGAAAGCUCUACGCCGGCCCGGAGGUGGAUGUGUGGAGCUGUGGUGUGAUUUUGUACGUUUUGUUGGUAGGCAGAUUGCCCUUUGACGAUGAUUACAUUCCCGCCCUCUUCAAGAAGAUCGCAGCGGGUACUUUCCACAUCCCUGGAUAUAUCUCAUCCGGGGCAGCUCGUUUGAUUCGAUCAAUGCUUCAAGUCCACCCCGUUCACCGAAUCACCAUCCCCGAGAUUAGAUUGGACCCAUGGUUUACCAACGGUCUCCCGGCAUACUUGCAACCGCCACCGGAAGAGUUCAUUGCUCCAGGCGUGGAUCCGAAGAAAGUCGAUAAUGGAAAGCUUGACCCGGCGAAGCCCGCACCGGCUCAGCAUAAGAUCCACACAAUUGCAGUCUCGAAGCUUGAACGAAGCAUGGGAUAUGGCAAAGAGGAUAUCGAAGAGGCACUGAGACACCCCGAACCCAGCGCGAUCAAGGAUGCUUUCUCCAUUGUCGUUGAGAAUGAGAUGAUGCAGACCAAUUCACCCACAGAAGAUAAUAUGUUGGCCCCAAAUGUCCAACAAAGAGGAGCCGCACCCUCAUCCGCGGAUAGAACUUCCGCUCCACUGGCUCCACCACAAUCCGCAGCAGCUAGACAAAGAGCCACCAGCGUAUCACGCCGCAGAGCCUCAGAAGAGCCCCCUCAACCGGACAUAGGGGAAGAAGCUCGCAUCAGCCAUGUUCGAAUUCUUCCCACCAGCUUGCCAUAUGUGCACGAGCAGCUCAUGGAGCAACGUGAGCGGGAACAGAGAGCCCGCAAUGAAAUUCUCGAGCAGCGACUCCAAGAAGCUGGCCACCUUAAUCGCGAGGGCCAGGCAGCUGCCUACCGAGACAUGUCCCCCGAAGAGCAGGCUGCCACUGCUCGGGCAUUGAAGCCUCACUCCCGCAGUGUUGUUGACCUGGACAAGCUGCGCUUUGAGCCACCAAUUGGCCAACCUAUCGAAAAACAGCCAAAGAGAAGCCGCAAAUGGCAGUUUGGUAUUCGCUCUCGAAACCAGCCAUACGAGGCUAUGCUAUACUUGUACCGGGCAAUUGCCGCCCAGGGUGGUCUAUGGGACAUCCAACCCGCAGAAUCAGGAACCAACAUCGGUCCCGAUGCGACCCCCUCCCCCGAUCAGCCAAAGCCCCUACAGAGCAAAUACCCCGACCUCCCAUCCGACUAUUACAUCCCCAAGGACCCAUGGUUCAUCCGCGCCCGUCUCUUGAAAGAAGGCAUUAAAGCCCCCGGCGCCAACAACACCAGUGUCUACAACAGCCGCAGCGACUUGGAAGAGCUCCGACGCCGCUUCAACAUCUCCGGCAUCUCCGCCCCAAGCGACGACCGAAGCCGCGAGCACCAAUUCUCAGCCCCAGAAAGCGGCCUAGCAUCCGGAGCCUCCUCCGCCAACGGCCCAAGCGGGCUCCCUCACAUCACCUACGGCGUCUGGGUCUUCCUCGACAUCCAACUCUACCAACUCGAAGAAAACAACUACAUGGUCGAUUUCAAAUGCGACGGCUACCAAAACGUCAUCCGCGCCGACGGAGACACUGAAUGGCAUCCGAUCAGCAAGCGUCUCAAGAACAAGGAGAAGGAGGUUACCAGCCCUUACCCCUUCCUCGAUGUGGCGUCUGAUCUCGUCGCCCAGCUGGCUGUGGCAAGCUAG